GCGUCGGCGUCACAGCAGCGGGUAGUUCUAAUUGGUUGCACGCAUUGGAACAUCGGAAUUCUUUGUUCUUGGUUUGGAUCGCUUGCAAUUUUCAUAUAUUUUCAUUAACACAAGAUGAAGAUUUUCGCGAUCGUACUUUCAAUAUGUCUCUUCCUUUCGGCAUUUGUUGCCACCCUGACAGACGCCAGGUUCGCCGACAAUUUUGAACAGGAUGACAAACGUGACGUCACAGAUCUGGAUGAUGGCUUCGCAGAUUCGGCUGACGUAAACAACAUCCCAGUCCUCAAAAGAUUUUUCAACGCCUGUCCGAAAGGAUACUUCAAAAAUCCCGUUACACAAAGGUGUUACCCAACCCUAUCAUUUUUACGAGGAAGCCAGCAAAGGAAUAGAUAUGCAUUUAGACUUUUAAAGCCUUUUUUGAGAGGAAGCGGCAGGAAGUAAGCAUGAUGUCACGUGGGAAAACAAGGGAUGCAGACGUUACGGACUUAUUUGAAUAAUUAGGGCAUUUCAUUUGGCCACACCUUGAAUUUAGCACUUGGUCUGUUUGGUAUGGCCUUGAAUGGUUUAAAUUCUUCAGGGGUUAUAUCACCACAUUCCAAGUGUAACAACACUAUAUUUGAUAGAAUUUCUUCAACAUUUCUCUUUUUAGAUUUUAAACAUACCUAUGUUGAUUGUGACUUUCUUCUAGAUUACGCUAUAGUUUAGCUAGCCCUAAAAAGACCAAGAUCCACAGUUUGAUACAGAGCCUGUUCAGAAAAUGUUGCUGGAUGAAGAUUCAAUUCCCGAGUAGAUAAUAAUUUUAUGUGAAAAAAUAUCCAAAUUAGAGUAAGGUAUUUUCUAUCCAGUGGUAUGGGGAUUGCCACUGGGAUAAUUAUGUACAUGUAUAAACAGACCGAUGUUGAUGUCUUAUGCAACAUCAGGUUUUUUGCUAAAAAACUCAAAGUUAUGUAGAUAUCCAACUUCCCAGAAAAGACCGAAAAAAUCUUGAACAGCAAAAAACUUUAGUCUGGCAAUUCGCAAGGACAAAGGACAAUUUUCGAAUCUAGUCAAUUCUAUGUCAUCGCUCAUUAGAGAAAUUUCAAAAGCAGAAAAUGGUGUAUAUUUUAACAGUUUUGUAGUAUGAAUAAAAAAGACUAGCCUUA